AUGUACGUCGCCGCCGUCCUGCACGGCCAGGACACCUCCGCAGGUCAGGGGGGCGCGCCGCCACAGGCACCGGCAAAUCUCCCGACGCGACAUACGCUCGCCCUCAGGGGCAACACCGGUGCCGGGGUUGGUGCCCGGCCGGCUGCCAUGUCCGACAAGCCCGCCACCAACCAGCCCCUCCUCAACGAGAUCAACGCCGGCAGCGCCAAGGGCGGUCUCCGCAAGACCUCCACUGCCGAGAAGGUCUGGAAGCCCUCUGCUGACGACCUGGCCACCGACAAGAAGGAGAACGCCAACUAA